AGCACCUGCCAUAACAAAAUUAUUUCGAUGCUGAGACCGCCUGUGUUUACUUCAUGAGUUCUUGCAACGGAAAUGUGCGUUGUGCAUGAUACGACUGCACACGGACAUUUUGCACAUUGCUGUUCAAGUUGAAGUGAUACAGGAGCAACAUGUAAGGUCUUCAUCGGGGAUGUUCUCGACCAUACAGUGCUGACUCAGCCAAACACGUCACCCCGGCCACAACAGCCAUGGCAUCAACAGUGUCUCAAGCAUCUCCCACACCUAGCAACCAGUCGAGCAACACCUCCACCCCUACAGACAUCAUGAUCGUAGGGUGUCUUGGCAGCUUCCAGACUGUUGCCUGUAUCAGGAACAGCGUGUUAACCCUGCUUGCCGUGAUAACGGCGUUCCUGUGUGUCAUGAAGGUGGCCAAGCUCCACAUGGUGCAGCACCAGGCCUGCCAUCAGUACAUCAUAUUCUACUGUGCUUCACUGGAAUGUCUCCUUGGGGGUGUUCACUGGGUGUUGGGAGGCUUUGCUCAACUGGACUUCGUCCUGCAGUGGCUGAAGCUGCUUCAGUUCCUAGUGAUGUGCCACUUCUACUGGACACUGGCUACCAGAGCUCUACGCAGGGAGAAGAUAGCAAAGAGGUUCUUGACACCAUUUCUGAUGGCAGCGUGCGUGUACUUCACCGUAAUCACUGCGCUGGGUAUCAUCAACGUCCAGUCAACACUCACAGAGUGCAUGCAGCCCUACUGGCUGGAGCUGUCGGCAGCAGAGUUUGUUAUCGUGCAGCUGUUUGCUUUGGCUGGAUUCUACAUCACUCGACGCCUCAACGAAAUCAGCACCCUUGACUCAGUCAGGUGGACACAGAAAAGAGACCUUUGGUGUAUCAUCGUGGUAUUUGAGAUAUCAGCCCUCGUUGGGUUUAUCUAUGACGUCACUCUCCAGAUCAUUGGAGAUGAAAGCAAAGGUUGCAGUGCAAUAUUUCUCUACACUCAGGAACUGUACUCCCCAAUCUUCGUUGUCUUCACAAUGCUGAAGCUGCUGGUUCCAAUCUGGGUGAUGCUGUUCGUGUUCCAGGCCACGCCCCCCUCGGCCAGUGACCGAGAGGACCUGCUGCCUGUGUUUAGUGAGGAUGGGACGUCGGUGUUCAGCGAGGACCAGCAAUACCGCCAACUGUACCACCCCACCGAGGACUACCGCAGCACCAUGAGUGACACAUCACCUUCUCCUACUAUCCCCAGUGUUGCCACAGCAACUGGUGUUCGUCGCACAGCAUCCAACCUAGAGCCAAUCAAAGAGGAGAGCAUGGUAGCCGCUACACCGCCUGUAGCUGACGCCACUGGCUCGUACCCAAAAUCAAAGUUUUAUAUCUAGAGCUAUAUUAUCUAUGAAGUAAGAUCUGCCAAUGACAGUGCUAGCUGUCAUUAAGCAAUAUAUGUUUGAAACAACCUUAUCAGGGCCCCAUCAUCCUGUUGGGCGACAUUGAGACAAUUGUACCAACCUAAUGUGGGAAAUUCUGCCUAUUUAUGGUUCUAGUUCUAGUUCAACAAGAAUUUCUUUUGUUGAGCAAUGGAAGUACUACUGAGAUGUAUGUAACUAUGUAUUAUUAGGGAACAGUUCAAAGUGGGAUAAUACCUUUCUCCAAGAAAACAUCAGAAAAUUUUCUUUGUCCAGUGAAUGUUACUUCACAUGGUUUUCGGAUACAUAUACUCAGCAGCA